AUGCCGAAACAUCAAGAGGAAGAGGAUGCAACUGAAGGCGAAUGCAGGAAACCGGAGAAGGAGAAAGACAGUCAAAGUAAGGAUAAGAAAGCAAAGGGUAUCAAAAUGAACCGGCUAGUUUUGCUGUUGGUUCUGUUUGUGCUCUACGUGUCACUCGGGGCUGCAGUUUUCAAUCUUCUAGAAGCUGGAGCUGAACUAGAAAGGAAGAAUGAACUGGAUGAUUUCGUGGAGCGGUUUUUGAACAAGAAUCCAUGUGUAAACAGAAGUGACCUCUACGACCUGCUGAAGAAAGCCGUCGUGGACAGCGAGAUUGUCAACUACGUCGUGGACAACAAGACGCACCUGGACAGGUGGGACUUCAGUGGUGCCUUUGGAUUCGUGGUUUCUGUGGUGACUACAAUAGGUUUUGGUAACAUGUCCCCGUUUACGAUGGAAGGCAAGGCGGUCUGUGUCCUGUACGCCCUGUUUGGGAUCCCUCUGACCCUACUGGUGCUGGGUGGUCUAGGCGAGACCAUGCUGAAAUUCAUCAAAAGGAUCAAGAAGUGUAGAAAUCCCAUGUGCCACCACACACCAAAGGUUAAUCGCACGCUAAACGUCUUCUACAUCACAAGUUUAGGCGUGAUUAUCAUCUUCGUCGCCCCGGCCGCCAUGUUUACCUACGUGGAGCAGUGGCACUUCAUGGAGUCCGUCUACUUCUGUUUCACAACACUCAGCACCAUAGGUUUCGGGGACUACGUUAUAGGUAUCCAUGAGACCAGGCUGACCAACAUUUACGCCCACGAGUUCUACGAGGUGAUCGCCUACGUGUGGAUCCUGCUGGGUCUGGCCUAUCUGUCGCUGGUGUAUCGCUACAUCACCGACAGUAUGGUGGCCAAGGCACAGGAAGUGGGUCGCUCCACUUUAAGGCGACUGGGGGUAG